UUACUACUACUACUACUACUACUACUACUACUACUACUACUACUUCUCGGGAUAGCUAUAAUGUAGCCUAUGCCUAUGCACUCCGCUAGAUUUUCAUCCAAUAGCCUAAUGAUUGAUCGCAGCUCGAUUGUUAACAAGCUAGCUAACGUUAGCUAACCUGUGAUUUUAAUGAAAUUAGAGCCGUUGUUUCUUUCUCAGAUUAAAAGAGAAUAGUACAUUUUGUAUAUCUGUGCUAUGCGCGAUAUUGCACUGCUCAGCCUUUGAAACAUAGCCUACUUGUUUUAGCCAGCUGAACUAUCAAAUCAUAAAAUGUCGACUGAGCACCAGAUCAUGGACUCAUCCCUUGCAUUGGGAAGACUGGAAAUCAAAAGUCCAGUACUAAGAUCGGACAGCGACUACUGCGAUGUAAAUGAGAAGAACGUCCAAGAUGAAUCACAAUUUCGUUUGAAUGGAUGCUUACCGCUCGGUCACCAAGUCGCUGGACACAAAUAUGGAGUUGAUAAAGCAGGUAUUCUGCAGCAUCCAGACGGCACAGUGCUGAAACAGCUACAGCCUCCCCCGAGAGGCUGUAGGGAAAUGCAGUUUUACAGUAAGGUUUACGGUGCAGACUCCAUUGACCCCUGCCUUCAGGAACUUCAGCGUUACCUGCCAACAUAUCACGGGACCUGGUGUUCCCCUGACACGCCCAACGAGCUGUUCUUGAAGCUGGAGGAUGUAACACGGAGGUUCUGCAAGCCCUGCAUCAUGGAUGUGAAGAUCGGGCAGAGGAGCUACGACCCCUUCGCCUCCCAGGAAAAGAGAGAGCAGCAGAUUAAGAAGUACCCCCUGAUGGAGGAAAUUGGCUUCUUAGUCCUGGGCAUGAGGGUCUACCAAACGAGCUCAGAUACAUGUGAAAUCUAUGAUCAGCACUAUGGAAGAAACCUUGUGAAAGCCUCACUUAGAGACGGUUUAGCCAAAUUCUUUAAUAAUGGGGAUGGGCUGAGGAAAGAUGCCAUAGCCGACAGCAUCAAGAAAGUCAGGGACAUCCUCCAGUGGUUUGAAGGCCAGAGGCGGUUUCAUUUCUACGCGAGUUCCCUGCUGUUCGUCUAUGAGGGAGACCUGUCAGGACAGACGCCGGACACUCUCAAAACAGGAAGAGGAAGUGGUGGAGUGACGGAGAACAACAACCACGUGCACAUUAUGUCAGACACGCGUGUGCCCGGGAUGAGGGAUUGCGGUGGCGAGUGUGGGACCGUGGUCUCCCACGGUAUCUCCACUGGUUGGGAGGGUGCUUCCACACAGAAGCAGAGUCCCCAGGUCUCACUGGAGCAGGGGCCCAACGGGAAUGAUACGAAAAGGCCAGAAAGUGUGGAAGGGAACCCGAAUCAGCAGGGCUCGGAGACAGGGCAGGGCCGGGUGGAGGUCAGGAUGAUCGACUUUGCCCACGUUUUUCAAAGCGAAACCCAAGACGAUGGCUACAGCUAUGGGCUGAAGAAUUUACUCUUGUACCUGCAGCAAAUCCUGGAUAAAUAAUCUCCCUGGGUCUCCUUUUGUCACAAUUUCCACUUUUUAUUUAUCAGGGCCAAAUUGUAAAUGUAGCAACAGUCAUGCAGUGUAAUCUCUGUUUACACUGCAUGACAGUUUUCUUUAAUUGUGUUAAUUGACAUUGUUUUGAUAUGUAUGUAAAUGAUAUGCUAUUUUAGAGCUGCUAACCAUAUUACUCAGGUAAAUUGAUUCAUAUCUCGUUUUUGCAAAAGGAGCUAAUUCUGGAAAUGUUUUAUAGACGCGCUGUGUCUAAAGGCUCCAUGAUGGACUUGACUGGAACAGAGACCAAGCUUUUUCCCACUGCCAAAGUGACCUUUCCAUUUUGGAAAUAAUCCCACAAACAAAGAAACUACUGAUCUUUUUUAAAAUAUUUGCACAAAGAAUGAUAAAAAAUUACAAAUGGGUAGGUUAAAUAUUUUUGGACCAAAUCUAUUUUAUCACCAAUAUAUUUCUGUGUAUAUUUAAAGGUUGCAAAUACUUUUUUUUACUGGAUAUUGAUGUUUUUCAUUUAUUUACAUUUAUUAACAUACAUAUGUAUUUGUGAUAAUGGAAUAUGGACAUUGUUUUCACUUAAACUGCAAUUUUGGAAACAUUAAUUAAAUGAAUGCUACCCAAA